AUGGGGAGAAAAGGCAAAGCAGAUUUCUCAGCCCAGGCGGACAUUGCUGGAGACCCGCCGCCAAAGUAUAUAAGUGAAGACGAAUAUAAAGACAAAGACAGUGUUAGUGAUCUGUCGUCUGUCGCUGAGGUGAUAGAAGAUAUGGAGGGAGAAAAGGCUUCGUGCUCUGAGAGAUAUCCAAAGCAAAUUUAUUUUAUUCUUGGAAUGGAAUUUUGUGAAAGAUAUUGCUAUUAUGGCAUGAAAGCUAUUCUGAUUCUUUACUUCACCGAAGUUCUUCUCAUGAGUGACAACGAUGCUACUACUCUAUAUCACACAUUUGCUAUGUUAUGCUAUCUCACGCCGAUUGGUGGCGCUAUGCUCUCAGAUGGAUUCUGGGGUAAAUACAAAACGAUAUUUAGGCUCGCUUGGGUAUAUCUUCUUGGUUGUGUGCUUUUGUCUUUGUCUUCCAUUCAGCAAGUACAAGCCGAAGAACCAACAUUGGGUGGAUGCGUAUUUUCCUUGCUACUGAUUGCCAUCGGUACAGGAGGUAUUAAACCAUGUGUUGCGGCUUUUGGUGGAGAUCAAUUCAGACCAGAUCAGGUUUUGGAAAUCCAAACAUUUUUUCUGAUUUACUAUUUUGCCAUCAACUGUGGAAGUUUAUUGUCAACAUUCCUAACGCCAAUCCUCCGAGAAGAUGUCCAAUGUUUCGGCGGAGAUUGUUAUCCAUUGGCGUUUGGUGUUCCUGCUGCCUUGCUUCUAGUCGCUAUAAUAAUCUUUGUAUGUGGUCGAUACACCGUUGGUUAUAUAAUUCACCCAGGAACUGGCAACGUCGUUUGGGAAUUCUGUAAAGCCAUUGGGCAUGCAGGGGUCAAUAAAGUAAAGUACAGAAAAGAAUGGAAAGGGAAAUAUAGCCAUUGGAUAGAAUGGGCGUCAGAUACAUACCCGAGACAAUUGAUACUGGAUACCAAAUGCGUGCUACAUAUCUUGAUUAUGUAUAUACCACUACCCAUGUUUUGGGCUUUGUUUGACCAACAAGGAUCGCGAUGGACAUUACAGGCAACGCAGAUGAACGGCAAUUUUGGAAAUAUUUCAAUGAAACCUGACCAGAUGCAAAUUAUGAACCCAUUGUUUAUAUUGCUGCUGAUUCCCAUAUUUGAUAACUGUAUUUAUCCGCUGUUACGAAAAUGCGGCAUACGAUGUACGUAUCUACAACGUAUGUGUUGGGGCAUGUUUUUCGCUGGAUUUGCCUUCUAUUGUGCUGGAUUAUUACAGAUAAAAGUAAACGAAACCAAUGUAGUUACACCAUGUAUUAUUGAAGAGUCGGGUCAGACCGGUAUGAUUGUUUUCAAUGCAGCGUCGUCUAAUAUCAGUGUAAAACAAGGCGAUAAUGAGGUGUUUGAAGUGCCCACCAGAAUGAAUUCAGAUCAUAUCGAGACAACCCCGGGUAUCUUCCAAAUCUCUGUAAGCAGUGACACCAGCGAUCAAAUAGACUUCUCGAUUGACUUGGUAGAUUGCUCGUCUAACAGACUUAUUGUCGCCGAUUUUGAGGACGCUGACGGAGCUCUCAUUCUAGACGCCAUUUUGGUUCCUGACAAAUACGAAAAACCUGACAAUGGCAUGGUGUUUGCGAGUUAUGUGUUCACACUUGUACUUGGGGAUGGGGAUCUCUUAGUAGAUUUGGAUAGUGAAGAUUAUGAUUAUCAUGAUAUAAAUGCAACACUUACACCAACCUUGAUGAACUACCCUGAAUCUGAGUUCCGUGUGACGACGUGGCUAGAAAUAGAACCAGGAAGCUACACUGCAUGUGUACACGAGGUCGAUAGUGAAGAAUGUAAGUCAGCGGAGGGGCUCGACAUUUAUAAUGGUGGCGCCUACACUACCAUAUGGCAUCCCAUAACUCCUGGAACGGAGGAGAAUGGUGUAAUUAUGGACGAACACGAAACUGUGCCGGCCAACGCUGUGCCUAUGCUAUGGCAGAUUCCUCAAUACUUACUGAUCACGACUGGAGAGGUCAUGUUUUCUAUUACUGGUCUAGAAUUCUCAUAUGCGCAGGCCCCGGCCUCUAUGAAAUCGACACUACAAGCUUUCUGGCUUCUGACCGUCGCUGGCGGAAAUUUACUCGUAAUUAUUCAGACCUCCGUAGUUUCCCCCAGGAGUAUGCACGUCGACUUCUUUAUUUUUGCAACCUUGAUGAUGAUCGUAGCUGUGAUAUACGUUGGAAUGUCGUACUGGUACACGUACAUAGAACCAAGUGACUAUAUAUUGGAGGACGAAGAAGAAGACGACGAGAAGAAGGAGCCAAUCGAUGGGGAUGAUAGAUCAUCCAACAGUUCAUUACCUGAAAAAGAAAACUCUCUUGGAAUGACAAAUAUGGCAAUGGAUAAAUCAGAUUCAGAUUCAGACUAA